AUGAAAGUUGUUAUAAAUAUACUCUGUAUAACUUUGUUUGUUUCUGCUUAAUCAUGUGGUAAAUGUAUCUUUCUUAAUUCAAGUUUCAAAUGAAUAAUUUUAUGAUAUAUUUGCAUCAGAAAAUGAGACCUAAGAAUGGGAUUUGAAUACACAAUUUUUCACAGGAGAGAAUUUGAAAUUUAAAAUCGCUCAAGAGAUUAAUUUUUUUCAAGUUUUAAAUCCUUUACACUAAAUUGGAUAAACAACUAAUGUAUAAAGUAAGAAAGAAUUUAAUUAUGUUAGCUUUAAAAAUACUUUCUUUAAAACCUUAGAAAUAAAAUGAAAAUGGAGUCUGGACUAAUACAUUUGUAGCAUUAGGAUUCAACGAAACUUAUUUUCAAAUUUUAUACUCAAAAGAGUAAUUAAUGAGUAUAUUUUCUUUAGUGGUAUUUUGAAUUAGAAUAAACUUACUAAUUUUAAUGAAACAAUUAAAAUAAGGGAAAAAACAAAUGGAUUUUCAUGUUUUGAUUUUGAUUUUAUAUCAGAAACCAAAGUUGUUGUAGAUUGCAAUUUGCUUGAUUCAGAAAACCCUAAUAAUUAUAUAAAUGGGUUACUAAUAGUUGAUAUAUAAGAUAAGAAUUAUUUCGGUAUUGAAUUAAUAGACAAUCCCCUUGGUUAUAAUUAUACUGAAUAUAGAAUAGUAUAAUUCCAUAAGUACAUAUUUGAAAAUUUAAAAUAUUAAAACUUAUACUUUAGAAGUGAACCUGCUUGGGAAACUGAAAAAGCGAGAUAGACAUUGUUUUUAAAAGAAGAUAGCAUUUUAGAAGUAUUUGAAUUUACAAAGAUAUUUACUCUUUAAUAAAGAACUCCAAUUACAGUUUUAACAAAAUCAAUAUUAGCUAAGUUAUUAGGUAUUGAUGAAAGUGUUUUACAUUUUUCAUUAGUAGAUUUUAAAAUAGACACAAAUGGUUAAAUUAAUAUUUUAGAUUCAAACAAGGGUUUGUAUGUGUUGUCAUUAAAUUUACCAAAUUUAGAGUGGAAAUUAGAUGAAUGGAUAAUUAAUCCAUUUAAAACUGCAUGUUUGGGAUUUGAUAUUAAUCACUCUAUUUAAAAAGAUGGAACUAUUACAAAAAAGUUAAUUUUAGUAUUUAAUGAUAAACUUAUACUGUUUGAAAAUGGAGUAAUAUAAUAUGAGAUUAGAAUACCUCAAAUAGAAUAAUACAAUUCAAAUUAAAUUUAAUUGAGUUAAAAGUAUAUUAUUCUUAGGAUUAAAACAAUGAUACAUAUAUACAGUAUAAACAAUGGAAAAUAAAUAUUUAUUUCAUAAGAAAAUUUAGAUAAGAUAAUUGUAAAUCCUAAUUAUGAAGACAUAGUUGGUAUCAAUUCUUAAAUAGCAAAACGAUUUUUCCUAAAUAAUGGUUUAUUACAAUUGAAUAGAGCUGAUACUUCUAGUUCUAGAACUAAUAUUAUUACUUUGACAGCUGAAACAAUAGAAUAACCAGUAAAAAAGUGUUCAGUUACUAUUAAUUUAUAUAUUCUAAAAAAGAACGAAUCACAGAUUUAUACUUUUAACAAUAGUCCAUUUAAAACAUUUAUUACAAUUCCAUCUAAUUCAUUAUAUUUAGAUUAAAUUGCAUCAGGACCUAAUUUAUAAUAUACUUCAAUGAAAUAAAUAGACAAAGAUUUAAAAUAAUCUUACAUUUCAUAUUAAAUUCAAUCAUUGAUGAAUUUUUCAAUAGAGAACAUACAUAUGCCAGAUCCAAAACAAAUUGUUUACUCUGACCUUGUUUUAAAUGAAAAUCAAAAAGAAUUUUAUUUGUUGCAUUAAGUUACUUCUAAAAUAGUAUAUAUCUACAGAUGUUAAAACUUAAAUUAAAAUAUGGAGCAGUUAUCGUGCGAUAAUUAUAAUACUUUUGGACUUCCUUCAAUUUUAGAUAAAUCCGUAGGUUUCUUUUAUUGGUUUAUUUAAAGUUCAACAUUAAUUCUUAUUCAUUAAAGUUCUCAGUUUUCUAUCUAUGUUUACUCUGCUUAAGAAGGAAGUUUAAAAAAUAUUCUUUAAAUUCUAUUUAAUGAUUCAGUCAUAGAAAAUCAAAUAUCAUCAGUAGCAUUAAUAUCAGACAAUAUAUAUAUAGUUUAAUCAGGAUUGAAAAGAAUAUCAAUUUAUUAAUUGUAAUACCCAUUUAGUUUAUUAUAAAUUGUUGAUUAAACUUACAUAUAAAAGUUUGAUAUUUCUGGAUUAUUUACACCAAUUAAAGUAUUUGGAAAUAAAAAUAAUAAUCUAGUAUUUAUAUAAACAUAAACUUCUCUAUUAAUUGGAACUUUUUCAGAAAUUUAUACUCCUUGUCUCAUAAUCCAUAAAGAAGUUUCAAUUUUAACAGGAUCAGAAAUGGAAAUAGUAGUAGGAAUUAAUAGCUUUUUUAUUUUAUAGAUAUUAAAAGAUUAAUAAUAAAUUGAAGAAUAUAAUUCUUAAAAUCUUUAAAAUAUAUUUAAACUAAGAGAUGUUCCAUUAUACAAUUAUAAAUUAUAGAAACCCUUAACUGUAGAUUAUUCUUUUUAGACAGGAUGGUUAUAUGUAAGAGCAAGUGAUGGAUAAUAAACUGUUAUAUUAAUUUAUUAACCAAAUGUCUUAUCUCAUGUUUCUUUAAAUAAAGUUAUUGAUACAAAAGGAUUAGUAAAAGAUGGAUAGAUUUUUAAUUUUGCUGUUGAUGGUAUAGAUUAAAUGAUUUUGUAUUACAAUAAUAUUACUAAUCAUUAAUUUCUGAGUAUUUAUACUAAGCCUACCUUAUAUUUAACUCCUAAACCAGAUUAAAUUGAAUAUGUUUAUAAUUAAGUGAUUGCAAUAUAAGUUUCUGGUAUUACUGGUGUUAAACCUAUAACAUCAUAAUCUUAAAUCACAAUACUUAAUACAUAAAGUUAAUUGUUUAUUUAAUAAGCUCUAUUUGAUAGUAAAAAAAAGAUAUUUCAAUUUAUCAAAUAAUCUUAAAUAUAAUUUAUUAGUAUGGGAACUGACUGGUAUUCAGGUUAGGUUAUUGAAUUUAAUAUCAAAUGUUAAAAAUGUAUAAGCGAAACUUAAAUAAUCUCAAACAUUUUCAAAAUUAAGGAUAGUGACUACUUUGGUUCACCGAUUUUAGAUGGUCAAUCUUUUGGAUAAGCAGGUUAAGUAUAUUAAACAAAAAAUGCUUUAAUAUUUCAAGAUUUAAAUAAUAGAUUUAAAAAUAAAAUAUUAAUCAAUUUGGAUUAAGAAGAAUGUUAUUAAAUAUCCAUAUCUGCUGAUUAAAAUUUCAUCUUGUCUGCUUGGUAAAAUAUUAUUAAUAAUUAAUUUGGUUUAUAUAUUCAUAAAUGCAAAUUCUAAGAUCUUUGUUCUCCAUUUAGAUAAGGUAUUUAUACAUUAAAAAGUUUCUAAAAGAUUGCUAAAAUCUAUAUGCCUGAUUCAAAGAAUAUCAUUAUUUUAAAUACUAAUCAUCAAGACUUUUCUGCUUUUAUUAAUUUUAUAGUAGUGGCUUCUUUUGAUGAUGAUGGUACUCAAUUUUCAAUUACUCAUUAAUAUGUUAUAAAUAAUCAAUAUGUUGGAACCAAUUAAUUAUUUAUUGCUGACUUUGACUUUAUUAAAUAUUAAAUUAAUGGUGCUUCAUUUGCUACUAUUUUAUUUACAGAUAUCAAUAAUGGAAUUUAUUUUGCUCAUUUUAAAUAUAAUGAUUAAGGCUUGUUAACUAAAACAACUAAUGAAUUAUUUAAAUUAAUUAAUUUCUAAGAUGAUUAAUUUUUUAUUGAUUCAGAAACUAAAUUUUAUCAAGUUAAAGUUAUUUUAUUCUAAAUAAAUAAAAAACUUUUGUCACUCAAUGUUUUAGUCACUACCAAUAAUCAAGCUCAAUAUAUUAUUGCUUUCGAUUUAAAUUCAUAAAAUCCUUAAUUUGGCCUUCCUAUUAUUAAAUCAAGUACAUCACUUAUUAAUAUCUUAACUCCAUAUGGAAAUUGGCCAUCUAUUAAUAAGCUAGCCUUUUUUAAGGAUUUUGUUGCUAUACCUUAUACAAAUUAAAAAAAAGUUGUUAUUGGAAUUUAUUCUAUUCCCAAUUUUAGAGAAUCCACUGCCAAAAUUAUAUCCUUCACUCAUUCCCUAUCCUCUUAUUAUAAUAAUAUUUCUCCAGAAGAAUUUGUAAUGAUAUUCAAUAAAGAUAAUGAAACUAAUUAUGUAAAAAAUUAUUCAUAUUUAGCCUUCUAUUUUCAUUAAUAUUUACUAUGAUAAUAGAUAUGAUUAAUUUCCUAUUGAAUAGUUUUAAAUCAGAAGCGAUCCAUAAAUUCUAUUAAGAAAUUCCACUUCAUAUGAAAAUGAGCUUUAAAUUUAAAUUUGUUUAAAAAAUGAUUUUAACCAAAUUUGUGGUAAUGCAACUUUAACAUCCAUCAACAAAACUAAAAUAAGCAAUCCAAUUUUAGAUGAAAAAUUCUUGGAAUGA